UGGUUUGGGGUGCGGGAGCAUGCCGCCCGCCCCAGCUCCCCAGCUGCUGCCCACGUAACCCGAGCUGGGCUGUUGCAUCAGAGGCGGAGUAAACAUGGGGCCCAGGGGAAGGGGGUCCCCAGCCGCGGCUCCCGCCUCCCCACCCGGCCUGCCCCUGGCCCGCGCUCAGACGGAGCCCCGCCAGGCCUGCCCCCACCCGUCUAGCGCCGGCCUGUCCCCCCAUGUCUGGCGCCGGGAAUGGAGGUGGGGACCCAGGCUCCUGCUUCCUGGGAUGUGGCGAGACCCCGUUUGGUGUUUACGCCCAAGGAGGAAGCUGCCUGAGCAGAGCCACAGCUGCCUGAGUCAAGGAGGAGGGGCCAUGGGCAGGAAGAAGAUCCAGAUCUCCCGGAUUCUGGACCAGAGGAACCGGCAGGUGACCUUCACAAAGCGCAAGUUCGGGCUGAUGAAGAAGGCCUACGAGCUGAGCGUGCUGUGCGACUGCGAGAUCGCCCUCAUCAUCUUCAACGGCGCCAACCGGCUGUUCCAGUACGCCAGCACCGACAUGGACCGCGUGCUGCUCAAGUACACGGAGUACAGCGAGCCCCACGAGAGCCGCACCAACGCGGACAUCCUGCAGACGCUGAAGCGCAGGGGCCUGGGCCUGGACGUGCCAGAGCCGGACGAAGGCCCCCAGGGCCCCGGGGACAAGCCGCGCAGGCUGGCGGGGGACGGGGGCGACCCGGCGCUGCCCCGGCCCCGGCUCCACCCUGUGGCCCCCGCCAUGCCCAGCCCUGACCUGGGGUUCGGAGCCCUGCCACCCCCCGGCUGCUGUGACCCCGGGGCGCUGGGGGAGGCUCUGCCCACACAGUGCCGCCCCACCCCCUUCCGACCCACUGCCCCCAAAGCCGGGCCCCCAGGCCUGGUGCACCCCCUCUUCCCUCCAAGCCACCUGCCCGGCAAGACGCCACCCCCCCUCUACCUGGACGGCCGCAGGGAGCUGGGGGGGCCCCGCGGGGCUCUGGGCGCCCCGAGAGGCGUAUUCAGCAGCGCGGCCCCUGGAACCCCCCUCGGAGGCUUCCCCUUCCUCCCUGCUGGCCCCUCAGAGUUCGGCCUCGGAGACCCUCCUCCACCCCCUGGCCUGCUGCAGCCCCCCGCGCUGGCCCCCUGGCAGCCGCCCCGGACUGAGGGGCCCCCGGCCGCCACCACCCAGCACAGCAGUGCCCCCCCAGCCCGCGGUGCAUCCCCAGCGGCCCCGGUGGUCAGCGUGAAGGCCGAGCCUCUGUCCCCCGCGCCCGGGGCGCCCCGUGACUUCCCGGCCUUCGCCCACCCCCUGCUCCUGGCACGGCCCCUGCGUGCCCCCGUGCGCCGGCUGCCCCCCGCCGACAGCUGGUCUCGGUAGGGCGCCCUGACUGCCAGCCUCCCCUUGUGAUUCAGCAAUAAACCGCCAGCCACCA